UGCUCCCUGCCAAUGAGAGCCUCCCAGAGUGAAAAAGUUUAGUUUCGCCUUCCCCAGAGCCUCUUUGCACAGGGUCCCAGCUGGCAGAGAAGGCUGCACUCACCGAAGCUGCUCCCCUCAAGAAGAGCAACUAGAGAUGGCCACCCCGUCCGUGGUGACGCUCCAGCCGCAGUACGCCGUGGCCGUGCCCACUGUCUCCAGCAGCGUGUGGCAGACGGGGCUGACGGACUGCUGCUCCGACUGUGGCGUCUGCUGCUGCGGGAUGUUCUGCUUCCCCUGCCUCGCCUGCCAAGUGGCUGGGGACAUGGGCGAGUGCUGCCUCUGCGGGACCAGCGUGGCCAUGAGGACCCUCUACCGCACCAGAUACAACAUCCCGGGGUCCAUUUGUUCUGACUUCUGUGUCACCACAUGGUGCCUCGUGUGCUCCGUUUGCCAAAUGAAGAGAGACAUCAACCGGAGGAAGCAGAUGGGCAUAUUCUGAUGCCACCAUCCUCGCUGCGCCCUGAGGAGCUGCUGUGGACUGGAGUUACCACUACCCUGGCUAUUGGUAAAUGGCACCAUGGGGGCUUUGCUUUGACGACGGUUGCUUGCCCCUUCCCUGGUUAACAUUGUGAAUAAACAGCAGAGUUUGUCUUCCUA